AUGAUUUUCCUUUUUGUUUACCUCUCACCAAAAGGUACAUUAUCACUGCGAGAAAUUCGAAAUGAAUUUGAUGAUUUAUACAUUCCAAAUGAACAAUUUAAUGAUGUUAUACAACUAGAUUUAAUCGAAUGCUUGAACUCAAAAAAAGAUGAUGUACAACAAAUACAAUUAAGAAUAGCAAUAACAAAAACAGCUUUAUUUAUAGUUUUACGUGUAAUGGAAUCGAUUGUUGAAAUCACAACAAAAGGAACAAGAAAAUUUCCAUCAUUAAAUUCAAUUAUUUCAUAUAUUCUUUCUUCUCAUACAGAAUUACCAAUACAUGAUCAAAUACUUGUCGAUUGGUAUAAUGCUGCACAUGUACUUGAUUUACUUUUUAAUUAUUCUGAUUGA